CUGCAGAUCAGAAUCGGCUCGAAAAUUUACAAAAAUGAAUUUAUUUGAACAUGUUAAACAACUUCACGACUGUGAACUUCACAACGACUUAAAGCAUUUGGCUUCCAUAGCUCUGACGCUGUGUGAUAACAAUCCGGAGGCAGAGCUGAUGAAUCUCCCACAGAAAUAUCAGUGUAUCGUCUACUAUGGCAAUGCUCUGUAUCAUUUACAAGAAUUUCACAAGGCAGAGGAUAUUUAUAAGAAAGCUCUUCACCUGAGAAAAGCCCUGAACAAAGAAAAAGUGAAGGACAAACCAUCACCAGUUAUAGAGCUGACAGAUGAGGUGGAGGUGAAAUACAAAGUAUAUCAAUGUCUGAUGGCCACCAAACAGUGUAGAGAAGCCAUGGUUAUGUUACAGGGCAUAAGUUCUAAACAGAGAACCCCUAAAAUCAACCUUGCCCUGGCUAAACUCUACAUUAGGGUGGGCAUGGACCGGUCAGCCAUUACCAGCUACAAAGAGGUUCUCAGGGAGUGCCCUUUAGCCUUGGAGGCCAUGACUGGACUGAUGUCCCUGGGGGUGAAGGGACCAGAUGUAGCAGCCCUGGUGAUGAAUGGAGCCCACAACAGCUCGGAUUGGUUGUCCUUGUGGAUUAAAGGCCAGGCUCAGUUAUCACAGAGGGACUACAUGUCAGCCAUAGCCACUCUGUCCUCGCUGGACAAUACGUCCUAUCUCCAUGACAACACACAGCUCCUGGACAGUCUGGCGGAGGCUAAGUUCUACGAUGGACAAUACACACAGGCUUUGUCACUGUUCCAGAGAAUUCAUGCCCUGGAUCCCAUGCAUAUGAAGAACAUGGAUCUCUAUUCCUAUCUCCUGGCUAAGGACAGAAAGGUCAAGGAGCUUUUGAAAUUGUCCCAGCAGUUACUGAAGAUCACAGAACAAGCAGCAGAACCCUGGAUCUCCCUUGGUUACUAUUGCCUAGCAACCAGAAAAGUCUCCAAAACAAUCUACUUUGCACAAAAGGCAAACACACUUGAUCCAUACAACAUUGAGGCCUUCCUGCUGAAAGGUACAGCUUUACUGGAGCUGAAAAAAGUGGAUGAUGCCACUCCACAUAUGAAGGAAGCACUGAGGCUAGCUCCACACAGAUAUGAGGCUUACACAGGGUUGAUACAGUGUUACAUGGCUCUAUAUAGACACAGAGAAGCCUUGACCUGGGCAGGAAAAGCAAUCAAAACUCUUGGCACCACAGCAAGGACGCUCACGCUGUAUGCCUCAGUUCUUGCCAAGACACCAACAGUUACAGCAAAGGCUAAGCCAUAUCUAGAGAAAGCUAUGAAGUUGGAUCCUUCAUUCCUAGAGGCUGUGUAUAUAAUGGUGGAGAUUCUAGGUCAGGAGCAGCAGUAUGAUAAGGGAAUAGAGAUAUUACGAAAACAACUGGAGACCCACAGCACAUGUCGACUUCACCAGAUGUUAGCAGAAUUCCUCACGCAGACCCAUGAACACCAAGAAGCACUCGACCAGUUUAGUAUAGCACUGAGUUUAGACCCAUCUAAUGUCCGUGUGAGGGAGGGCAUGGAGAGGGUGGAGAAGCAGAAUGAUAUGGGGCUGGAGAGUGCGUAUGAUGUCGGAGUGGAGGACAUGGAUAACAGUGAUGAAGAGGAGGAGUUUGAGGGCAGUGAUGUAGAGAGUGCCUGGUCAGACACUGAAUUCAGCUGAUUGACCCCCACCCUGAGGAAUUCUCACACCAGUACUGACCAGGACUUAGGAUAUCCCCCUCUCACCACUGACCUAUAUAUGGAUCAGACUAUUCUACAGAGAAUGGUUCUGUUUUCACAAACAGUGAGAGAGGUAUCUCUGUCUGAACUGUUUUCUGAUCCGCACAGUUUCUACUCUGUAAAAGAUGUAAUUUAAAAAUAACUCUGUGAGGAAUUGUGACAUACCAGUGUUUGUACAGCCUUAACAAGUUGUAUCAACACUAGUUGGUGCAUGAUUACAUGUGCAUUGUAUGUUAGAAAGGUGGUGCAUGAUUACAUGUACAUUGUAUGUUAGAAUGGUGGUGCAUGAUUACAUGUACAUUGUAUGUUAGAAUGGUGGUGCAUGAUUACAUGUACAUUGUAUGUUAGAAUGGUGGUGCAUGAUUACAUGUACAUUGUAUGUUAGAGAGGUGGUGCAUGAUGUCCAUUGUCUUCAUUAAAAUGAGGCGAUUUUUUUUAAUGUGAUUUAGUUUUAGCUUUUCAUGGAAAAUGAUUGAUUAAUGAGGCUAUUAAUCUCCAGCAUACUGUAUAUUUGUUCUUCAUUUUGCACAGAAAAUAAAUUUAUGUGUAUUACAUGUAAAUACUAUGAUACUGUUUGAUGUGAGAUGUGUAUUUGUAAUGUGAUCUAAUAAUAAAUGGUCUUGUAAUCAGAAUGAAUUGUGUAUAUAGAAUAUGUGUUUUAAUUCAAUGAAUUAAAUAAAAAAGCUUUUUAUAGAA